AUGGUCGCAGUAGACUCUAAGGAAAUCUCAAUUUGGGCAAAUAUACUGCAAAGAAUUGAAAUAUUUUUAUGGGUGCUAAAUCAAGCUUGCAUUGGCUUUGUAACAAUCUAUAUGUUUUGGGCAUGCAUUUCCAGAGGUAUGGGUACCAUGCAACUGCAUGCCUUUCUUGUGACCCUCGGGUUCUCCCUGCUAAUGGCCGAAGGUAUAAUGUGUCAUUAUAGUAUUAAUCCUCUGACAAAUGGUUUUCGGCGCAAAAGUAAAACCACAAUACACUGGAUACUACUCACUCUGGGCGGUGGUUGUGGCGUAGCGGGUUGUCUUAUUAUGAUAGUUAUAGUGAAAUUUAAAAUGGAUCAAACACAUAAUCGAUUGGGUUUCGCGGCCUUCAUAUUAUGCUUAAUUAGCAUGCUCUCCGGCUUACUUGCUUUGUUCUCAAAAAAUCUUCGACGCAUACUAAGUCCCCUGUUCAAUAAAGGAUUCCAUAAUUUGGUUGGUUUUGGUACAUUUGUAACGGCUCUGGUUGCACAAUUCUACGGUUAUGAAUUCUUUCAUCACAGUCUAAGCUGGUCGUUUAUAAACGUUUUACAAGUGGUGACUCUUGUGUCGCUAGUGCUCACCUCUAUUGGUCCGCUUAAGGCACUUUAUCAGAAAAUCUCUAGUUAUUUUGAGUGAUAUAAGUAUAUAUGUGUGUAUGUUUAAUGUUGUAAUUAACAAGUAUUUAAUUUUAAAUGUAAAAACGCUAAGCGGUUUGAAUUAAGUAUUUAUAUAUAUAUUUAUAAAACAUUUAAAAACUGUAAUUCGUAAGUAGGCGACUUUUGGUAAACAAUUAGAUUAGAUUAUCGACAUUUUUACAAGAAAACCUUGAAAUUUGUCAAAAUGUGUUAUAUAUUUACAUAUAUGCCAUAAGUAAAGAGGAAUCGAAAUAUAACAACUUCUUUGCAUAAUUGAAAUCAGGGCACAUGUGGGUACAGGUUAGUAUAUGACACCGUCAUUUUUAAUAAAUUUUCAAUUUUAACUAAAAUGAUGAAUAAGUAUUUAAAAAAAUUUUUGGCCUCAAUCGCCUUGUGACAUUGCUCUCCAAUCAUUGAUGUACGAGAGUAUUAUCAUUAUAGAAAGUUUCCAUUAUAAAUAUUAUUAAGUACUCAUAUGCACACACAUAUACUAGCAGACCCGCAAGCACGUUACUUUUGGUUAAUAAUAAUAAAGAAAGAUUAUGUGAGUAUGGGCAGGGAAUGUCAAGCUCUUCGAAUGUACUUCUAAUACCACAAAGUGUAGAAGGAGCUCGUACGAAAGUCGCUACAGCUGAUAAAACAGCAAAUUUAUAUAUUAUAUUUAUGUAAAGCCCAAGUUCCUCUAAAAAAAAUUCAAUAAAACGAAAUUUUUUCCUGUAAAUAUAGAAUUAGUCCCGAAGGUCCGCUAGUCCAGGUAUAGAAGAAGAGAGGAACCUGGCCUCUAAGGAGCGCAUAUAGGAGAUAGAUAUGUGAUUUGUGCUACUUAAAGUGCUUCACGAAAAUGCGAAUAUGAAUUCCUCGAAGUAAACCUUAUUUCACUACUCUAACUCACACCUUAACCCCCAUUCAGUACGCAAUUUGACAGUUUCCGGUUUCACUUGUUUGUUCCAUUUAAAAACGCAUAGAAAAUGAAAGAUAUGAGUAGAAGUUAACAAAAUCUUGAAUUGAAUUGGAUAUGUAAUGACAGUUCCUUUAAUAAUUUCUCAUUUUUUCUUCUUGAAUAUACGGAUAUUAGUUUCAAAUAAAUGUUUGUGUGUUAGUGUCUUCUUUUAUGAUCUCCUCUCUUUUGUUUUGAUUUGUCAGCCGGUUUCGAUAAAAAGUAGAAAAGGCAUCGAUUUAGUCGUAAUUCGCAUGGCAAUUGAAAACGUAUUACCUACUUUUACCGUAAUUCGCUCACUUAAAUUUGUAUGGCGAAUUAAAUAAUUACGCUUUUGCGCCGUAUAGUAGGACGGGCAUGAUGGGCUACAUGAAGAGUUUGGUUUUCGUUCGCCGAGAGAGGACUUUACUUUUCAAGUGCCUACUCAGUCUAG